AUGGCAAAUGUUGUGGAUCAAGAUCAGCAAUGGCUUCUCAGUUGCCUGUCUGCCACACUCGACCCUAACCAGGAGGUUCGCUCUUUUGCUGAAGCCUCUCUUGAUCAAGCCUCUCGCCAAUCAGCUGCAGUUCUUCUUAAGCAGUUAGUUAAAAAGCAUUGGCAGGAGGGUGAAGACUCAUUUGAACCUCCUGUGGUUUCCGAUAAUGAAAAGGAUAUCAUCCGCAAAAUGCUUUUAUUGGCAUUAGAUGACCCUCAUCGGAAAAUUUGCACGGCUAUUGGUAUGGCGGUGGCGUCCAUCGCAAUGUAUGACUGGCCCGAGUUAUGGUCAGAUUUGUUGCCAUUUCUCCUGAAUUUGAUCAACAAUCAAACCAACUUGAAUGGAGUGCAUGGAGCUAUGAAAUGCUUGGUUCUUCUCUCUGCUGACUUGGGUGAUAACAUGGUCCCAACAUUAAUACCUGCUUUGUUCCCAAGUUUGCUGACCAUUGUAUCCUCUCCACAGAUAUAUGACUCAUACAUACGAACCAAGGCCUUUUCAAUAGUCUAUUCUUGCACAUCUAUGCUGGGGGCGAUGAGUGGUGUUUAUAAUGCAGAAACAAGUUCUCUAGUAGUUCCUUUGCUUAAACCAUGGAUGGAACAAUUUUCUUCUAUUCUAAAAAUUCCAGUUCAGUCUGAAAAUCCAGAUGAUUGGAGUAUCAAAAUGGAGGUUCUGAAGUGCUUGAAUCAAUUUAUUCAGAACUUUUCAAGUCUAAUUAAAAGUGAAUUUGAGGUUGUAUUGCAACCGUUGUGGAAUACAUUUGUCUCCUCUUUGAGAGUUUAUGAACUGGCAUCUAUUGAAGGAACAGAAGAUUCAUAUGAGGGAAGAUAUGAUUCAGAUGGCUCAGAAAUAAGCCUUGAAUCAUUUGUUAUCCAGCUGUUUGAACUUCUGUUGACCAUUGUGGGUAAUUCAAGACUAGGAAAGGUGGUUGCAGCUAAUGUCAAAGAAUUGGUGUACUAUACAAUUGCUUUUCUUCAAAUGACAGAACAGCAGACGCCAGUUCUCUUAUAUCAUAUGCCUUCUUGUUUUCCUGUUUAUCUCAACAAAGAAUAA